AUGGUUGACUGGGCCGCCAUGCUGCGUGGUGGUCACGUGGACGUGGCGGUGGUCCAGCCCACGCGCGUCAACGCUGCCGGGGACUUCAUUGGUUGGACCACGGCGGCGACCCCGGGUCUCUUCGCCCCCGGGUCAUCGAUUGACCUUGCCUCCGGGGGGUGUCGGCUAAUUGCCAUGCUUCCCCAUGCUGGAGCGGACGGAAGCCCCAACAUUGUGGGCGGGACUUCUCCAGUAGCCGACUGUCGGGGUUGCGUUAACCUUAUAGUCACUGAUCUGGCUGUCCUUCGGGUAGAGGAAUCAGGGUUGGUGCUUACUGAGGUGGCGCCAGGCUGGACAGCCGACGACGUGGCUUCAUUAACCGGCUCACCCAUUUCAGUGGCGCCUGAUGUAAAACAGUUUUCCUCAAAUCUUGACUCCUUGAACGCCAGCAGAGUCAAUAAGGUAUGUCCUAACGGGCCCUCAGCCAUCGGGGAUAUGCCUGACGGCGCCGUCGUCAUGAUUGACGGGUUUGGUGGUCCCGGUGGCAUGGCCCACUACCUGCUUGUAACGCUGCGUGAACAGGGAACUAAGGGCCUCACCGUCAUCAGUAAUACCAUCGGUCUGGCCCGGUCGGUCAAUUUUGGCACUCCCCCCGGAAAGCUGGCAAUAGACCACUCCGUCAUCGUUGAAAGCGGCCAGGUUGCAAAGGCCAUUGCUACCUACCCGGUAUCUCCUUCAGCCUCCCGCCCCAGCACCUUCGAGCUAGCCUACCGCCGGGGUGAAGUGGAGUUGGAGCUUGUUCCCCAGGGAACCCUGGCAGAAAGGUUACGGGCCGGUGGAGCCGGAAUUCAUGCUUUCUACACCCCUACCGGCGUGGGUACACUCAUCGCGGAAGGGAAGGAAACCAGGACUAUUGACGGUAAAGAGUACGUCCUGGAAUUGGCGUUAAGGGCCGACUACUGCCUUAUUCGGGGCCACAAGGCCGACACCCUGGGAAACGUGGUUUACAAGGGCACUUCACGAAACUUCAACGCGGUUAUGGCGCCGGCGGCCGAUAUAACUGUGAUUGAGGUUGACGAAAUUGUGGAGCCCGGGGAACUGGAUCCGGAGUUGAUAGUUACGCCGGGCAUUUACGUAGACCGGAUUGUGAAACGGCCCGAGGGCUUUUCUCCUUACGAAUAG